AUGGGGUGCAGCAGUUCUGUAGCUGACAGAAGGUCAGAGAAAGUCAUUAGAGCUGCUAUCCUUAUCCAGAAUUGGUACCGCUUUACGAUGGCCCGGCUAGAGAUGAGGCGCCGCUAUUCUCUGAGCAUCUUUCAGUCAAUUGAAUAUGCUGAUGAGCAAGAUCAACUACAGCUAUCCAACUUUUUUACAUUCAUGCUGGAUCACUGUACUCAUCCUGAUUCGGUUUCUCACAUUUUCACCAGCCCUGGUGUUUCUCAGGUGGUGGAUGAAGGCGUAUGUUUAACAGAAUUUGAGAAGAAGAUUGAUGUUCCAGACUCCUAUUAUGGACCACGACUCUCAUUCCCCCUUACUGUUGAAGAUGCCAAUGCUCUUCUUCAUGCUUUCAGGAAUGAACAGGUGCUUCAUGCCCGCUAUGUAUUGCAGCUACUAUGUGAAACCAGGAAGGUUCUCAAAGAGAUGCCAAAUAUCACUCACCUUUCAACUUCCUACUCCAAGGAGAUAACUGUCUGUGGAGAUUUGCAUGGAAACCUAGAUGAUCUUCUGCUGAUAUUCUAUAAGAAUGGUCUGCCUUCAGAACAAAACCGUUAUGUCUUUAACGGUGAUUUUGUUGACAGAGGGAAAAAUUCUAUGGAAAUACUUAUAAUCCUGUUUGCAUUUCUUCUUAUCUACCCCAAUGAUUUACACUUGAAUAGAGGAAACCAUGAAGACUACAUCAUGAACCUGAGAUACGGCUUCACAAAAGAAGUUUCAAAGAAGUACAGGGACCAUGGGAAACAGAUUUUGUGUCUUCUGCGAGAUGUCUUUAGCUGGCUUCCCCUCGCCACUAUAAUUGAUAGCAAAGUUCUUAUCCUACACGGAGGGAUUUCAGACACCACAGAUUUGGAUUUCCUGAAUGCACUUGAGAGAAAUAAGUUGAAAUCUUUGAUGCGGCCACCGACGUCAGUGAGAGACAGACAGGACCAAGUGAAGGAGAGAGUUCCCACAACCAGACCCAGUAAACACAGUGCCAACCAGAAUGUUGCAGGGAAAACACAACACAUCGCUUCAUCGGGUUCCACUGAGCCUUCAGGCUCAAAUUUGCCUCCAGACCCCGCCCUGAAGGAAUGGAAACAAAUCCUUGACAUUCUCUGGAGUGAUCCAAGAAGCCAAAAUGGGUGUACACCAAACAAGCGUCGCGGAGGAGGUUGUUGCUUUGGCCCAGAUGUCACAGCCAAGCUGUUUGAAAGGUAUAAUCUGAAGAUGCUCAUCAGGUCUCAUGAAUUUAAGCGGGAAGGUUAUGAGAUCAGUCAUGAUGGGAAGGUUAUAACUAUAUUUUCUGCCUCUAACUAUUACGAAGAGGGGAGCAACCGGGGAGCAUACAUCAAACUGAAUCCUGAACUGAUUCCUCGGUUUGUACAGUAUCGCGUCAGCAAGGACACACGCAGGCAGAAUCUUCGGGAGAGGGUGGGUACGAUUGAAUCAUCUGCCUUGAAGUCUUUACGAGAGAAGAUUUAUGCUCACAGGUCUGAACUCACUAGUGCUUUUGCACAGUAUGACCUCAACGGCACAGGCACGAUUUCUGUCAACGACUGGGCUGCAGCAAUGGAGUCGGUCCUACAGCUGGAGCUGCCCUGGAGGAUGCUGCGGUCUCAGUUAGCACAGAUGAACCCAGAUGGAGAAGUUGACUUCAUGUCGUGUUUUUAUGAUCUGAAAAUAGGUCAACCUAUAAAAGAGGUUCAGCCAGCUUUGGCAGAAACACUGUGCAGAUACAGAAAGGAUCUGGAGAUCAUCUUUAACAUCAUUGACAAAGAUCACUCAGGUCUGAUUUCCCUCGAGGAGUUUGGCCAGAUGUGGAAACUCUUCACUUCUCACCUGGGCAUUGAUGUACCUGAUGAAUCCUUUGACAAGUUGGUCCUCAGCAUAGACUACAACAGAGAUGGCCAUAUUGACUUCAAUGAAUUUUUAGAGGCCUUUCACGUGGUUCGUAGGCUAGAGAAAAAGACAAACUCAUGA